CCUCAAUUUAAACAAAAUGGCGUCACAUAAACCUCCGAAUGUUUCUGAUUCUCGGGCCGAAUUAAUCGAACUUGUGAAGAGACGGCAAGAAAUUGCGGAAACUUUGGCCAAUUUAGAACGUCAAAUUUAUGCAUUUGAAGGCAGUUACUUAGAAGACACACAAAUGUAUGGAAAUAUCAUAAGAGGCUGGGAUAGAUACCUGACAAACACCAAAAAUACAAAUAGCAAAGCAGAUAAACGAAAUAGAAAAUUUAAAGAAGCAGAUCGACUGUUUUCAAAAUCUUCUGUCACUUCAGCUGCUGCAGUAAAUGGGAUACAAGAUCAAUUAGAUAAAAGAGAUAUCCAACCAUCUAGUCCAGACAUGGGGAGUGGGGCAGAGAGCGAGUCUUCUCAGCGUAAUGAAUCAUCGCACAGGAACGAUCUGCCAAUAAGUGGGCAUAGCAAGAACAUCGGCAAAAAUCACAGACAUAACAAAAAAGGAAAAAACAAAUCAAGACACAGACUGGAGGUAAAGCUUAAUAGAAAGGGCAGAUAA